AUGGCUCUAGAGACAGCCAUGAAGACCGAGGACACCUCCUUUUUAAAGGACCCAGAGCUGCUCUCAGGGGCGCUGAUAGACGUGGCCAAACACCUGGGCAACCUGACGUUCAGAGUCUGGGAGAAGAUGCUGGGGAUGGUGCAGUACACUCCUGUGACGAUGGACCCCAACACUGCACAUGCCUAUCUCUCUCUCUCUUAUGAUCUGACCACUGUGAGAGACACAGAUACAGCGCAGAACUGUCCUGACAACCCAGAGAGAUUUUACCCAUGUUUAAAUGUGCUGGGAUCUGAGGGGUUUACCUCAGGGAAACACAGCUGGGAGGUGAAGGUUGGGAAUAAACCAAAGUGGGAUGUAGGAGUGGUGAAAGAGUCCAUCAACAGGAAGGGAGAUAUAACAUACAGCCCAGAGAGAGGAUUCUGGGUCAUAAGGCUGAGGGAUGGUGAUAAGUACAGUGCAGCAGGAGGUACUGACCUCACACUGAAGAGGAAACCCCAGAGCAUCAGGGUGCAGCUGGACUAUGACAGGGGGGAGGUGUCCUUCUUCAACUCCAGUGACAUGUCACUCAUUUACACUUUUAAACACACAUUUACUGAGAGGGUGUUCCCAUUCUUCUCUCCCUGUUUGAGAGAUGGUGGUAGGAACGAUGAGCCCCUGAAAAUCUGCCCAGUGAAAGUCUCAGUAACAGUGACAUCAUCCCAGUGA